GUUGCGUGACGUCACGAGUCAGCUGACGGGUUUGUUUUGCUUGCUUUGGUGUGCUCGUCAUGAUAAAAACACAGAGGUAGGGAGCGACCACGUCGAAACGCAUCGGGUAACGUCAACAGCUCCUCACUGCCAUUACAGCAUAUCUCCACGCGUCGCUUGUCACGGACCGUGUCGUCAACAGCGGCCCUUUUGUGUGCUAACACCGCCAUUUACCUCCGUUGCCGACUGGGACGACGACUUUGACGCAUUAUGCCUUCAGAAAAAUCCUUCAAACAAAGAAGAACAUUCGAUCAGCGAGUAGAAGAUGUCCGGCUGAUAAGGGAGCAGCAUCCUAACAAGAUACCUGUGAUCAUCGAGAGGUACAAAGGAGAAAAGCAGCUCCCCAUCCUGGACAAGACAAAGUUCUUAGUGCCCGAUCACGUCAACAUGAGUGAACUCAUUAAGAUUAUCAGGAGGCGCCUGCAGCUGAAUUCCAACCAGGCUUUCUUCCUGCUGGUCAACGGCCACAGCAUGGUGUCCGUGUCGGCCGCCAUCUCGGAGGUGUACGAGCGGGAGCGGGACCAAGAUGGCUUCCUCUAUAUGGUGUAUGCCUCCCAGGAGACCUUCGGCGCCGGCCCGACUCCCCAGUGAUCGGCUUUCCUCACUUCUCUCUUAUUCCUCUUGGCCAGCGAUUGGACAAUUGUAGAUUGUGGUUUGUUUGUUUUUUUUCUUUCUCCUUUCCAUGUUCUUUCAAGUAAUGAUGCUUCUCACCACGUUAGUCGUGACUGUACCAACUAAAACAGGAUCCAUCAAAUGUAAUCAUCAGGUAUAAGCUCUAGUGUUUCGUGGGAUCUGACUGCAAAGAGAGAAGAAUUUGUUUGUGUGCCACACAAGGUGCACCACGGUUAGAGCCCGAGUCUUUUAUGGGUCCCCUUUAUCUCAAUCUGCCUGCUGUCAUGGCAACGUAGCAUUUAUUUCUGUGUUGUGGCUCCUGUUUACCUUUCUGUCCAUUUCAACUAGCGGUUUUGCAAAAAAGUGGUGCGGCUUCACUGCUUUUUUCAAAUAUAUCUAAUUUACAGUAGCAAGAGAACAAAGCUAAUGUUGAUUUGAAGCUUUAUAGAGAUGAGUGCAAGUUACGUGGAGAAUCAACAAACAAUCAUUGAGGCAUUGCCUUGAGUAGAUGCCGGGAAAGAACUGGAUGUUGCCUCUGGGCCCGAUGCAGGCGGGCCUUAAAGCAGCAUGAAGGGACGACUCGACUGGUGGCAAAAAGAUGCCGGAUUGCAUACAACUAUUGAAAGGGGAAGUCAGCACAAACAUUUUCUCUUCAAUAAUAUGUUCUCAAGCGGCAGUGCUAGUCGAGACACGAUAAUCACAUUAAUAGCGAAUUUAUGGAAUAUGAAUGGAGCAGCAAAAUCCGCUCACUUUUAUCCAUCUCGGGGCUGCUAUUCUGCCACUCACCGUCGACUGAAAACCACAUCGCUGUGCCCAGGGCUCAGGUAACAACCAACCGUGGCUCAGCUCGUGACUGUCACCUGAAAACAGGUGAGCCCCGGUUGGUCGUUAAACCUGAGCAAAUGCGAUGUCGUUUAAGUCAACAGCAAGUGGCAAAAUGGCCGUCGUCUGAGGUGGAUAAAAACGGGUGGAUUUUGAUGCUUAAUUCAAAUUCCACAAAUGUAAUACGAAGCAGAAUCCCGUGUUUCGACACGUGGGGCCAUAGACAUUUUUGAAAUUAAAUUCACAUUCAAGCAGUGGAUUUAUUUUGUAAAUAAUGUCAGAUUCAGAGGCAUAUUUACCAUCAAGCAAAGGAUUCUUUAGCAGGUGUCUACUUUGUCAUUGGCAACUGGUCAGUCACAGUAAUGGCAUAGUGAGGACUCCGCAAGAGGCUAUAUCCACUUUCUAUGCUGUCUUUGCUAUGGAUAGAAGUGUGGUAAGUGCGAUAGACCUCCCACUUUUGUUUACCUGCCAUGCAGUACGGCUUCAAGUAUUUCAACAUUCAUGUAAAAUUCGAGAACUGCGUUGAACACAAUGUCGAAAGAAUAUGAGCGGUUCUAUUCAGAGCAGUUAACAAGUUGACUUUUGCACACUACAAUAAGUCUGGUCGAGAAACUUGAGGGAUGAGUGCAUUUCGUUCUUUCAGUCAUUAGUUUUAGCAGGGGAAACGAAGAGUGACACAGGUCCCUUUGUGGCUAUAGCUGCAUCUGUGAGUUGGCUCUGCUCCACCGGGUUGAUUUCACGGCGCUGCUGUUGCGAUUCAACACACUAUUGUCAGUUGGAAGGUUUCACCCUGGCUGCCCUGUGGGUUGCACAUCCUCUGCACAUGGACCUUAGUGCUUUUUUUUAAAUGUUGAGGUACAACUGCUUUUUAUGUCGCAGUAUUUUAUCAUUUUGAACUUUUUUUUUGUCUUACAAGUCUUUCUCCUCAAAUGUUUUCAGUUUGUGCUAUUGGACAAGUCGAAGCCACUGUGUUUGUUGCAGAGGGGUGAGCAUCGGCUUGUGUGUCUUCCAGCCCCUUCGUAUCUCACACGCAUUCACACUGAGCAAUAGCCAUUUCUGUGUUCAUGUUGAUCUUUUGUUAAUAAAAGUUUGAGACAAGA